AAUAUUUAUUUAAAUUAAGCAAGAUGUAUCUUAAUUUUUACCUUUAUAUCUUGUCUAUUUACUUCAGUGUAAUGUGUGGUCAAUUGACCACUAAUGCCACAGACGCUGAGUCGGACCUGUCCGUUAGGCUGUCUUUGCUGGAGAGAACUGUAGGAAGACUUCUAACGUGGAAGCACCACAUUAACCUAGGCAGCACCAAAAGAAGGGGUAUUCCUAUUUUCAACAAUACACCAAUAGCUUUCUGUGCUCGAUCCAGUAGCGAUCAGAAUGGCAUCAGUACUGGAUACAUUCUGAAGUUUGAAAACGUCAUCACCAACUUAAGGAACCACUAUAACCCAACUGAUGGGAUCUUCAUUGCACCUGUUCGUGGUCUUUACCUGUUUUAUUGGACGAUGCAAUGCUUCUACGCCGGAAGUUCUCACUGUGGUACCGCACUCAAAAUCAAUAAUAAAAUGAAAGGGCGGAUACUCUCUGGUGACAGUUCUGGAAGCUAUUACCAUACCGGGUCCAACACAGUCAUCCUGGAAGUCGAGGCGGGCUGCCAUGUUUGGAUAGAAAAUGUGGAAUACACUAACGUCGCCAUUCGUGAAUAUUCCUCAUUCGGAGGAUCCCUUUUGCUAAUUUUAUAAACUUUUGAAUUUUUAAAGUUUAGUACCCUUGGAGUUUCACUAGCAUGUUACCAUACACAUAAGGAAAUCUAUAUUUUUUGAUACUAACAAUUGCAAAUAUUUUCCUUGUAGUACCUUACUGACCAUAAAUAUCGCAUUUGUUAAUUUUUGCGUAAACUUAUAGCUAAGGUUGUAAGAGGUGAUAGAAUAAAACUAUAUACUAGUAUUCAAACUUCCAUAAGAACUUCUAAAUUGAAAGCAAUGACGGAUAUAAUGAAAAUGAUUUUUCUCUAUUCUGCAUUGGAUUACGAAACUUCAUGAAAAUGCUUACAAAUAAGCAUACAAAGUAAGUUCUAGUAAAUGCGCAACCAAGUCUCUUUUGUUUCUUUCAUUCUCGUAAUUUACAGAUGUACACUCGAAUAUUUGUAUAAUAAAAAGCUUGAAACUUA